UGAUGCAUGUAAUGUCAUAAUGACUUUUAUCACCAAUGAAUUUUAUCACUAAAAAUUAUCUCUACAACAAUGAUACAAAGUAACUUGGAGAUGACAGAAAAGAAAUCAGGUAUUCAAGCCCAUUAAAUAUUCAUAUUGGUUUCCGAAAAAUUUAUGUCUACUGUUAGCAUAGUACCUGUAUACAAGGUGUUAAGUAAUCCCCUCCCCCAAUCAUACCCGCUCGCACGCAUGCACGUAUUGUACGUACGCACGCAUGCGCGGGCUCUCCGCCUGGUUUCACACAAAGACAUGGUGGAAUACCAUGCACGAGAUCGAGACUGAAAUGACCAAAGGGCCGACAGAGAGUGAACAUACUAAUUAUACUAUGCUGUUACUGCUGUUAGAGUACAUACAUGUGAAAAAUAGAAUGAGAAAACAGUUGUGAUAUGUAGAAAAGAUAAUCUUAUUACAAUUGAUUCUUAAAAUUUCAAAUGCAAAGUCCAUGUAUAACCAACAGAGUUCGCUCGGGUCGUUUUCUGUAACUGCCCCAUAUUUGUAACUUCCAUUCGUUAUACACUCUAGUCCUCAGACGUUUCAUUCCGUUUACCAGGGUAAGGUUAUAAAAGAUUAGUAAAGCUUAAAUUCGAAAAUACGAAAUUUUAUGAAGCAAUCAAUUGUAUGUUAACUCCGCAAACAGUGCUGUUAUACUGGCAUUCCUAGAGAGCAAUUUGACAGGCGGAAAAGAAACUGUGUUGGUUCCAAACAAACAAUCAGCGAAAAAUCUAGCCAUCCAUAUUCAAAACUAAUAAUUAUAUUUAACAUAAAGUACUGAAAGAGGGUUAUAUCCCAAUUAUGGAAAUUUAAAUUCUAAGAGAGCAGUUGUCACGCUUAGUAUCGAACACGUUAUAACAUAAAACGUUUAAAAUGGAAGUUGAAGAAUGGCUACGGAAACAUUACACACAAGAAUGUCCUAAUACAGUAAAGUGUAACCGUUGUGAUGAAAUUUUUUCUAAUCAGAACAGACUGCAAAUCUUAAAAUAUCACUUAUAUGAAGAUCAUGAAAUAACAGAAUUAGAUGGGCAUCCAGAACGUGAAAUCAUACAGCAAAAUUAUAAAAUAACAUGUCUAACAGCAACAUGUAAUCAUUGUAGACGAAAAAGUAACCUUGCCAUUUAUGGUGUACAUAUUUUAAUAAUUCAUUUAAGAACUAUUCAUUCGGAUAAAUAUAAUUUAAUGAAGAGAAGAAGAUCACGUAUAUGGGAAAAAUACGAUAAAACAGACGACAAGGCAAUAUGCAAACAAUGUAAAACAGCAAUAAAAAUAAAUAGUAAAAUACCUACGAAAAAUUUAAAUGUUCACCUACGUCAUUGUCGGUUAAACAAGGUACGAAAAAUAUCACACCUAUGGGACAAGUUCAAUGUGAUGGAAAACAAGGCUACAUGCAAGGAAUGUAAGAGAACAAUAUCAAUAAAUAGUCAAUAUCCUAGAAUAGAAUUAACACAACAUUUAAUACUUUAUUGUCGUUAUUUUAAAAAUUACCACCUGGACAAAUGUAAGUUAAAAGAGAUGCAAAGAAGAUCACGCAUAUGGAACAAAUACGAGGUGACUGACAACAAAGCAACAUGCAGAAAAUGUAAAGGAACAAUAACAAUAAACAGUGACACUGCUACAACAGAUUUAAGUGAACACUUACUUCAAUGUCGCUACUCAUAUAUUGACAACCUAAGUAUAGGUAAAUUAAAGAAUUUACGAAGAUCACACAUAUGGGAAAAGUUUGAUUGUAAUGGAGACGGUGCGACAUGCAAGCAAUGUAAAAGAAACCUGGUAAUAAGUGGUACACGACCAAUAUCAUAUUUACGAAGUCACUUAAAAUAUUGUCGAAGCGGCUUAAAUACAACUGAAGAUGAGUUGAAAAAGUUGCGAAGAAGAUCAUUAAUAUGGGAAAAGUUUGACGAAGAGGGAAACAUGGCAAUAUGCAAGCAAUGUAAAAGAACAGUGUCCAUAAACAAAACACAUCCAACUAUAUAUUUACGAAUGCACUUAAAAAAUUGUCGCGGUUUAAAUAUAACCAAAGAUGAGAUGAAGAAGUUACGAAGAAGAUCAGUAAUAUGGGAGAAGUUUGAUGAAGAAGGAAACAAGACGAUAUGCAAGCAAUGUAAAAGAACAGUGUCCAUAAAUGAAACACAACCAACUACAUAUUUACGGAGGCACUUAAACUAUUGUCGAAGCGGCUUCAAUCUUGAUGCACCAAAGGUAGAUACGUUCAAGAAAUCACAAAGAAGAUCACUAAUAUGGGAGAAGUUCGAUGAAGAGGAAAACAGGGCUACAUGCAAACAAUGUAAAAAAACACUGUCAAUAAGUGGUAAACAAGCAAUACUAAAUUUGCGGAGACACUUAAAAUGUUGUAGCGGUGUAAAUCUCAAUGAGCUAAGUGAAGAUGAGUUGAAGAAGCUACAAAGAAGAUCAGUAGUAUGGGAGAAGUUUGAUGAAGAGGGAGACACGGCUAUAUGCAAACAAUGUAAAAAAUCACUGACAAUAAAUGAUAAACAGCCAUUAGUAAGUUUACGGCAACACUUAAAAUUUUGUCGCGGCUUAUACCUAGAUGAGGAUGAGUUGAAGAAGUUACGAAGAAAAUCACAAAUAUGGGAAAAGUUUCAUGUAUAUGGAGACAGGGCAACAUGCAAGCAAUGUAAAAGAACAGUGUUAGUAAGUGAUACACGACCAGCAGCAUAUUUACGGAGGCAUUUACAAUAUUGUCGAAGCGGUUUAAAUCUAGAUGAACAAAAUAAAGUUGGGAUGAAAAAAUUACGAAAAGGAGAAAUAUGGGAGAAGUUUGAUAAAGAAGAUAACAUGGCAAUAUGCAAGCAAUGUAAAAAACCUAUAAAAUUGGGUUCUAAUUAUUCAAGCAAGUUACGUCAACAUUUGUCUUGUUGCCGGGGCUUAAAUCUUAAUGACCUAAGUGAAGAUGAGUUAAAGAAGUUACGAAGGAAAUCACAAAUAUGGGAAAAGUUCGAUGAAAACGGAGACCGCGCAACAUGCAAACAAUGUACAAAAACAAUUAAAAUGCAGCCUAAGAAUAAAGCAGCAAGUUUACAUCUUCAUUUACAUUAUUGUCGCGGCUCAAAUCUUAAUGAUGCAAGCAAAGAUGAGUUGAAGAAGUCACGAAGAACAUCGAAGAUAUGGGAAAAGUUUUAUGAUAAUGGAGACAUUGCUACAUGCAAACAAUGUACAAAAACAAUUAAAUUGAAGCCAAAUCAAGAAAUAUCAUAUUUAUAUUAUCAUUUUCAUGCUUGUCGCGGCGUAAAUCUUAAUGAUCUAAGUAAAGAUGAGUUGAAGAAAUUACGAAGAAGAUCACAAGUGUGGGGAAAGUUUGAUAUUAAUGGAGACAGUGCUACAUGCAAACAAUGUACAAAAACAAUUAAAGUAAAGCCAAAUCGAGAAUUAAUGAGUUUCCAUUAUCAUUUACGUAAUUGUCGUGGCUCCAAUUUUUAUGAACUGAGUAAAUAUAAGUUGAAGAAAUUACCAAGGAGAAAAUCACAAACGUGGGAAAAAUUCGAAGAUAAUGGAGACACUGCGACAUGCAAACAAUGUACAAAAACAAUUAAACUGCAGCCUAAAAAACAAGUAGCAAGUUUACAUCAUCAUUUAAAUUAUUGUCGCGGCGUAAAUCUUAAAGGCGUAACAAAAGAUGAGCUGAGAAAGUUAAGAAGAAGAUCAAAAAUAUGGGAAAAGUUCGAUGAUAAUGGAAACAGUGCUACAUGUAAACAAUGUACAAAAACAAUUAAACUGAAGCCAGGUCAUGAAGUAUCAAGUUUACAUUUCCAUAUACGUUAUUGUCGCGGCUUAGAUCUUAGUGAACUAAAUGAAGAUGAGUUGAAGAAGUUACGAAGAAGAUCAGUAGUAUGGGAGAAGUUUGAUGAAGAGGGAGACAAGGCUAUAUGCAAGCUAUGUAAAAAAACACUUUCACUAAGUUGUAAAGAACCAGUAACAAAUUUACGGAUCCACUUACAAUAUUGUCGCGGCUUAAAUCUUGGUGAACUAAAUAACGAUGAGUUAAAGAAAUUACGAAGAAGGUCAGUAAUAUGGGAGAAGUUUGAUGAAGAUGGAGACAAUGCUGUAUGCAAACAAUGUCAAAAAACACUGUUAAUAAGUGAUAAAAAACAACCCGUAACAAAUUUGCGGAGCCACUUAAAAUAUUGUCGCGGUUACAGUAUUGGUAAAGUAAAUGAAGAUAAGUUAAAAAAGUUAGGAAGGAGAUCACAUAUAUGGUUGAAGUUUGUUGAAGAGGGAAACAGGGCGAUAUGCAAGCAAUGUAAAAAAAAAGUGUUAAUAAGUGGUGCACGACCAGCAUCAAAUUUAUGGAGCCACUUACAACAUUGUCGGAGCUCAAAUAUUACUGAACUAAAUAAAGAUAAGGUGAAGAAGUCACGGAAAAAACCACAAAUAUGGGAAAAGUUUCAUGUAGAUGGAAACAGGGCAACAUGCAAGCAAUGUAAAGGAACAGUGUUAAUAAGUGAUACACAACCAGCAGUAGAUUUACGGAAGCACUUACGAUUAUGUCACUGCUUAAAUCUAAAUGAAGAUGAAUUGAAGAAGUCACGAAGAAGAUCACAAAUAUGGGAAAAGUUUUAUGUAGAUGGAAACAGGGCAAUAUGCAAGCAAUGUAAAAGAACAGUGUUAGUAAGUGAUAUACAACCAGCAAUAUAUUUACGGGUGCACUUACGACAUUGUCGCGGCUUAAAUCUUCAUGGUCAAAGUAAAGAUGAGUUGAAGAAAGUACCAAUAAGACUAGAAAUAUGGGAGAAAUUUGAUAAAGAUGGAAACAGGGCAAUAUGCAAGCUAUGUAGAAAAUCUCUAUCAAUAAGUGGAAGAGAUCCAAAAUCAAAUUUACGGAGUCACUUAGCAUGUUGUCGCGGCAAAUCUUGCGAUAAAUGAAACAAAGAUGAGUUGAAGAAGUUAUGAAGAAGAUCACAAGUAUGGGAAAAAUGCUAUAAG